GCUCCCUUCCCCCGCUCCGGUUCCCGCCCGCCCUCCGCCGGGGCCGCCGCCGGCCCUGCGCGGCGCCGCUGUUGGAUGUGGGAGAGGAUGGAGGCCAAGACGGUGGUCUACGACCUGGACACGUCCGGGGGGCUGAUGGAGCAAAUCCAGGCGCUGCUGGCGCCUCCCCGGAGCGACGACGGCGCCGGCGCGGGAGGCAGCGAGAAGCGGAGCCGCCGGCCGGACCGCAGCGGGGACCACCACCAGCACCACCACCACCCGGCGCACCAUCACCACCAGCAGCACCACGCGUCGCCGCACCACCACCACCACCCGGCGCACCACCAGCAGCAGCACCACCACCACCCCGCGCACGGCGGAGACCGGCAGCACCACCCGGCGCACCAGCAUCACCACUCGGCCCAGCAGCAGCAGCGCCGGAGCGGCCGCGCCACCAACCACGACAGCUGCGACAGCUGCAAGGAAGGCGGCGACCUGCUCUGCUGCGACCACUGCCCCGCCGCCUUCCACCUCCAGUGCUGUAAUCCUCCGCUGAGCGAGGAGAUGUUGCCUCCCGGGGAGUGGAUGUGCCAUCGCUGCACCGUGCGCCGGAAGAAGCGGGAGCAGAAGAAGGAGCUGGGCCACGUUAAUGGCUUAGUGGAGAAGUCCGGGAAGAGGACCACGUCCCCCACCAGCGACGCAGCGGACUUCUUGGACCGGGCGAGUGGCGGCGUCCUCCGGACCCUCUCCCACACCCGGCUCCUAGAGCGGAGGGCCAGCCGGCCCGGCACGCCCACCUCCAGCGCCAGCACCGAGACCCCCAACUCGGAGCAGAACGACGUGGACGAGGACAUCAUCGACGUGGACGAUGACUCUGCCACUGCAGCAGAGGCAGACGGCGGGCAGCCCCAUCUGAAGCGGCCCUUUGAGCUGCUCAUCGCCGCCGCCAUGGAGAGGAACCCCACCCAGUUCCAGCUGCCCAACGAGCUGACCUGCACCACCGCACUUCCAGGUACUAGUAAGAGGAGGAGGAAGGAGGAGACGACUGGGAAGAACGUCAAGAAAGCACAGCAUGAGCUGGACCACAACGGGUUGGUCCCCCUGCCAGUCAAAGUCUGCUUCACGUGCAGCAGGAGUUGCCGCGUGGCCCCGCUCAUCCAGUGCGACUACUGCCCGCUGCUCUUCCACAUGGACUGCCUGGAGCCCCCUCUCACGGCCAUGCCCCUGGGCCGCUGGAUGUGUCCAAACCACAUUGAGCACGUGGUGCUGAACCAGAAGAACAUGACCCUGAGCAACCGGUGCCGAGUGUUUGACCGCUUCCAGGACACCAUCUCCCAGCACGUGGUCAAGGUGGACUUCCUCAACCGGGUCCACAAGAAGCACCCCCCCAACCGCCGCGUGGUGCAGUCCAUGAAGAGGAAGGGGCUGAAGGUUCCUGAUGCCAUCAAGUCCCAGUAUCGGAUCCCGCCCUCGCUGCUGGCCCCUGCGGCGAUCAGAGACGGGGAGCUCAUCUGCAACGGGGUCCCUGAGGAGCCCUCACUGAAGCACCUUUGCAGCCCAGAGCACUUAGCCACCCAGUCAGAGCAGCAAGAGUGGCUGUGCAGCGUCGUCGCUCUGCAAUGCAGCAUAUUGAGACACUUAUCUGCCAAGCAGAUGCCCUCGCUCUGGGACUCUGAGCAGGCGGACAAGGCAGACGUCAAGCCGGUGAUCGUGGCCGACGGCUCCCUGGCCGGCCCUUACCAGGUGGCGGACAAAGCCAGCCUCCCUCCCCUCUAUUCUGCGCCCUGCCCACCUGGCAUUGCCCCUCAGAACUCCUUGGGGUCUUCCCUGCAGGAGGACGCCCACUACCCCUCGUGUACGGACAGGCCCAAGAAAGUGUCUCCCUGCAGCGCAACGUCCAACGGCCCCAACGCCCCCACGGAGGUGAAAAUCAACGGGCCGCAUUUAUACAGUGACUCUGCUUCUGCCAACUUGACUGACUCCCCGAGGCUUGCUGGGCAGGGCAGCGGCGCCCUCCCGGGGUUGUCCCAGCGGCAGCAGCCAUGGCCCCGGCCUGCCACCCCACCGGUAGCCUGCGGGCUCCUCAAUCACAUGGUGGCGGGGGCUGUCGUGAAGACCGAGAACGCGGUGGGGCCAAUCUCGUGCACACACAGGGGCUCCGUGCCAACGGCAGGCAUGCCGGCCUCCAUCCCGAACUCUUGCGCCAGCCUGGAAGCUGCCAGCACUCUGCAAAGGAAGAACGUGCAGACGCAGGUUGGGCCUCUGCUGGCCUCGGACCUGGGGGCGAUGGACUCUCCUCUCACUGCCACCCGGGCGCUCACCCCUCCCCAAGCGGCAGCGGUGGGUGACGGGGUCUCUGCCAUCGGAGCUGCUCAUGGCUUUUGCUCGCCAGCACCGCCUCCAGACGGUAAGGUCAGCCCGAGCACCUUAUCCAUAGGAAGUAUCUUAACCACCCCCUCGUUGCUCCCUCCCAACUCUUCAGCCACGCUGGACCUCGCAAGUUCCCUGAAAGCAUUAAUGGACAGCAGCGGAGCAGAGAUUGAGAUAAACAUGCUGGAUGAGAAACUGAUCAAGUUCCUGGCCUUGCAAAGAAUACAUCAGCUGUUUGCUUCCCGGGUCCAGCCCUUUGCAGGCAACGCUGUUCCCCACCAGCCCAGUCCUGGGGGCAAUCAUGCGGAAGGGCAGAGGAAGGAGGUGCAGGCCCGAGCCGUCUUCUACCCUCUGCUGGGGAUGGGCAGUGCGGUGAACAUGUGCUACAGGACCCUCUACAUUGGGACAGGAGCUGACAUGGACGUGUGCCUUACAAACUACGGUCACUGCAACUACGUCUCGGGCAAGCACGCCUGCAUCUUCUACGACGAGAACACCAAGCACUACGAACUGCUCAACUACAGCGAGCACGGCACAACGGUGGACAAUGUCCUGUAUUCCUGCGACUUCUCCGAGAAGACGGCGCUCGUCCCGGCCAGCAGCAUGGUUGCCAAAGUACAGAGUGUGAUCAAGCGACACAAGAGCCGAAAGCAGCAGCAGCAGCAGCUGCAGCCGCCGCCCCCUGAGGAGGAGCAGCCCCCGAGCGAAGAGGCUGCGGUGAUGCGGUCCCAGGCCCAGGGCCCGUCCCCCAAGCCCUGCAACUGCAAAGCCAGCAGCUCCAGCCUCAUUGGGGGCAGCGGGGCCGGCUGGGAGGGGACGGCCCUCCUGCACCACGGCAGCUACAUCAAGCUGGGCUGCCUGCAGUUUGUCUUCAGCAUCACGGAGUUUGCGACCAAACAGCCCAGGGGAGGAGAUGCCGCCGCGGCCUUAGCACAAGAGAGGGACUUGGAGGAGAAGCUGUCCCCAAAGGCCCAGCAGGUCCCUGUGCUGCGCUCCAAUUCAGUGCCCUAGGAGGAGGCAGCGACCGAGGGAGGGAGGGGUUGGACAAGGAACAAUAAGUCCUCCCUCCCAAGAUCGAGAGACACUCUCACAGACACAUUGUGCACAGGAUUCCCUUUGAUGUACACGAACCAUGUCUUGUCUGGAUUCCCAAUCCUCAAUGUGGGCCACAGACUGUUGACGCCCUUUGCAUGAGAUGAAGAACUUUUAAUUUUUAUUAUUAAUAAUAUUAUUAUUAUUAUUGUUUGCUCAAGUUUUUAGGGGCAUUUGCACAUAUAUUUGUACUAUACAUUUCAUUUAAAAAAAAGAAAAGGAAAGGAAUUAACUGCAGCGUGUUGGGAGGCCGUGCUGGGGCAGAGCCGGCGAGAGGGAGCCGGGAGGGGAGGGGGUCGUUGACAUUGCCCCCCAGGCAAGCCUGCUCCCCUUUGCAGUUGUAAAAUAAUCCCAAAAAAACCUGUUCUAUUUUGUGCCAGUGACAAUAGUUUUUAUAUUAAAGAGAAAAAGAGAAAUACAGUUUUCAUACAGCAAAAAUCUAUUCAAUUAUCAUUGUUUUAUUUAAUGUAAAGGUGCGCUUUCGUCCUGCCAGAUUUAUUUUCUUCCCCCCGCCCUUUCCAACCUCCUGUGCCCCCCCCCCUUCUCUUCCCCUUCCUGCUGCAGUUGCAAUUCUGCGUAUUGUGUGUGUGGCAGGAAGCGAGUUCCGAUUUCCUGCUGCCCACCCUGUUUUGUUCCCGCCCCCCUUUUAGAUGAUGGAGAAGUAUUUGGGGUUCUGUGUAAAUACAUCCACUGACAGCGUUUUUCUCUCCCCCCGCCCACCCCCCCACUGUGUUUUUUAAGCUGUGUACGUGUGGGUUAUGACGUUUUUCCUCCAGUUGUCUUAAUUGUAGCAAAGCGUUUCUUUGUCGUAAGCCUCCUUUUCCCUCCCUUUCGUUCCAGAAACUUCCUUCCCACCCCCCACCCUGCAGCUAAGUUCUGAUGUACAGAAGUAAAUUGCUAUGUUUUAGGCUUUACGGAAACUUUUUUUCCUCUCUCCUGUAUUCUGUAUAUAAAACAAAAACUAUGGCA